AUGUUUGAGCCCAAUUUGCCACCCGCUUCUCCUAGAGUUGAGCCCAUUGCUCCUCUUCGCCACUCAACUGUCGUGGAUCACUCCCCUAUCAUCAUAUCCCCUCAGUACCAUCCCGGAAUCUCUGAGGCCCGCUUCAAACACUACCAUCAACUUGCGGACCUCAUCCACACCGGCGACUGGGACCCAUAUACCCAUCACGUCAAGCAGCACUACCUGGACUACAUCCUCCACUCAACUCGGCUCCCCAUAACCCGCCGGCGUCAGCCCCGCAGCCCCGCAGCCCCGCAGCCCCAUGCUUCGGCUGCACCAGCCCCUGCUCUUGCCGCAGCUAACACUGCCCCAGCCGCAGCCCAAUCUGCCACUGUCAACGCCGCUCCAGUACCCACAACCGCGCCUGCUGCAGCUCACCACGUAGUUGAACAGCCAGCCACCUACCCUGGGGCACCCAACAGGUUCCAGCCUUCGUACUUCCCUUCCCAGUACCACAGCGCCACUCCUUUCUACCUGCCAUCCAACCAGCCUUAUCAACAGGCCAGUGGCUUCUAUGGCAGCUACCCCUGUGGACCCUAUGGCAACUACUCCGCCACCAACAGUGUCAACUUUGGUGGCCAGCACGGAGGGUACCGCGGUGGCCACAGAAACCGGUACAACAACCCUGGGCUCGUACGAGAGCUGCGCCAACAAGCCAGUCGCACGGAGCAAAUCAUCCUGACGGAUGCCGAGGCCAAGGCGAAUGCUAACCUUGCUCGCCACCCCGGAGGCAAUCGAGGCCACUUCCACAAUGGCAGGCACAACGCACGCAGAGGGUGCGGUGCCCCCUUCAACAACCACUGUUUCCACCCUCAUAGGGACGUUGACCGCCCCCACUUCCGCGCCGAUGUUGAUGCUGCCUCUCGUAUGGAGUGCGACAUCCUCCGAGGCAUUGUAUCCAACCUGAUUUGUGAGUGUGGCUCUAUUGCAAACACCCUGGCAGCCGCCAGUGUUGUUCUCGCAGGCAACAAUGUUCUCUUGCCCAUCCACAGCAGCAUGCCGAGCCUGCAGUCCGUCUCAAACUUGAGCAUCUUUAGCGCAGAUUUCCAUGGAACGGCCGGGCCGUCGGCAACACCCAAAAUGAGGACAUGA